AUGGCGGCGGUGGCGGCGGCGGUGGCGCCGCCGAUACUCGAGCUGGACCCGUCGCACGAUCGAGCCGGCCGCGUUAUGGAGGACAUCGUGCGGCUGGAGCGGAGGAUCUUCCCGAAGCACGAGUCGCUGGCGCGGUCCCUGCACGACGAGCUCAAGCGGCGGAACUCCGGCCUGAUCUACACGACGUCCGGCGCCGACGGCGAGGAGGUGAUCGGGUAUGCUAUGUACACCUGCAACACCUCCCUCUGCGCCACCAUCACCAAGCUCGCCGUGAAGGAGAGUUGCAGGCGGCAGGGCCACGGCGAGGCGCUACUGGCGGCCGCAGUGGAGCGGUGCCGGCGGAGGAAGAUCCAGCGGCUCUCCCUCCACGUCGACCCGACGAGGACGGCGGCUGUGGCGCUGUAUCGGAAGGCCGGGUUCCAGGUCGACACUACCGUCGAGGGCUACUACGCACCGCACAGGGACGCCUACCGGAUGUACUUGGAUCUGUAG